AUGGGCCGCCAAGCCUACCUGGACAAGAUGGCCUUUGGGCGCUCGGCCUUUGCGCCCACGCAGGCCGCAUCGCAGUCGGCCGCGUACGUCCAGCUCGAGUCGGCGCAGGCUGACGUCCCGCCGCGCUACCACGAGGCGACCGCCAACAGCUACGUCCAGCUCUACGACGAGCGCGGCAGCCCCAUCAACCCGCGCUCCCACCAGUACGGCAAGAAGCUGCGAGGCGCCCAGAACGAUGUGCUGGCCUCGGUCGGCGUCGUCGAGCGGCGACACGCCCCGGCGGGAGCCUUCCCGCGCGCCAGCCACGACCGCCUCGAGCUGCUGGAAGCCGAGGACACCACGUUCCACUAUCCCCAUGCCCUCACCUUUGCCCAAAUCGCCGCCGCCGAGCGUGCCCUCUCUGGCGCCCCCAUUGUCUAUGCCGGCUUUGCCGCGCGCGUGUUUGCGACCAUGCACAUCCAAGCUAUUGUCUACAGCACCUUUGUCUAUCAGCCUGUCGAGCGCUUGCUCUAUGCCACACGCGCAACCGCAAGGACACGCAACUUCUUCCGCCACGCCAGGAGAGCCCUCAGGUCUAGCCUUCGCCUGGGCCUCGAGAUGCUGUGCUAUCCCUUCUUCUACCACGCUGCGUUGCAACGCCUUGGACUAGUGCCCGCCCGCCCACUGCUGCCAGCCUGGCGGUCCCUCAAUCCCCUCUCAGACUCGUCGCCUCUGCCGUUCUCUCUGCACUGCAAUGCGUCUGAGUCCAUGGCGGACUGCAUCGGUGCAAUCUUGACCUCGCCCGCCAUCCUCCUGUGUGCUGAGCACUCCAUCGAGCGCUGGGUCUACGCCUGCGUCUACGAAGCUGUCGAGACGGCCAUGAUCCGUCCUGACGAGCCCGACAUUCCCAGCCGGGACGCCAGUGGAAAGGACCGGGCCUUGGCUGUUCUCGGGCUGCGACGGGAGUCACCGCCCCUGAUUCGGGACGCCGUUCACAGCCUGCUCGCAGUGCUUGGGUGGGCCCGGCCGGUGUCCCCUCUGAGCGCACAAAGAAAGCGGGCAAUGGAGCUUGCACCCGCAAUCGCCUCGAGCGAGAUCCAGACGCUACAAGUUGGUGGCACUCAGGUUACCGGCGCUACCCCACUCAAUCUCCCCGUCCUGCACUCGACAGAUCACCCUUCCGCAGAGCCGCUCGAUGCAGAUGUCAUUGCCGUUCCGAUCGAUGCAUUUGAGGACCUGGUGCGAUCUACCACCCCGCCAGGGUCGCCGACACAAUCGGAGCAGAACGAGAACGGUCCCCGGAUACGCAUAACGUCGAGGGAAGGAAUCGUAGAGAUGGAAGUCCGUCUCCCGCCUAGGAUACUUUCCACGCACACGCACGUCGCAGAAGGCUCGGAUUCGUUGCAAGACGACGCAGCUGCCGGGCCAAGUAACCGAGCCCGCUCAAUGGACGGUCAUGGAUACCACCGCGUCACGCAACUCUCGUGUGAGCCGGCGCAGAUGAUCAGUGCAAUGGUCAGAGCCCAGCUUGUCGGCCUUGUCAUGCUCCCAUUGAGGAUGGCCACUUUGCGAGCGAUUGCCUCACAUUUUGUAGCCAGGCAAGAAGGGCAUGCAGGGUCGUACCGCAUUGUGGGUGGGUUGGGUCUCGGUGAGGGUGUGGGCUGGCGGAACAUUGGCACCCAGCUCUCACGCGUAGCGCUCUGUGGUGCACUGGAGCUGACUAUCGAUCUUGGCCUGUGGGGAUUGCAAUAUCUGGCCAUUACAAAAUUCGGGCAGAGUGUCUUCGGAUGGGGUACGCUUUGA